AUGAGUAUUUUCACACCUGUAAAUAACAAGACACUAACUAAUAUAGCUGUAGUUAGAUUUAAAAAAGGAGGAGCUAGAUUUGAAAUUGCUUGCUAUCCAUCUAAAGUAACUUCAUGGAGAACAAAGAUUGAAAAAGAUUUAAAUGAAGUUAUACAAAUUCAUCGUAUCUUUACCAAUGUAUCGAAAGGAGUAGUAGCUAAAAAGGAGGAAUUGUUAAAGGCAUUCAAUACAGACAAGGAAGAUGAGAUUAUUUUGACGAUCUUGGAGAAAGGAGAGUUGCAAGUAUCUAGUAAAGAGCGAGAGAAUCAUGCCGAUCAAACCUUUAGAGAUAUAGCCAAUCUGGUGGCUGAAAAGUGUGUCAAUACAGAGACACAAAGACCCAUACCAGUUGGUAUCAUAGAAAAGGCAAUGAGAGAUGUCCACUAUUCCAUCCAUCCAACUAAAAGCUCGAAACAACAAUCAUUAGAGGUGAUCAAGCAGAUUGGUGCCAUCAUCCCCAUCCAACGUGCACAGAUGCGUCUCAACAUCACACUCACCCUAAAAGAUCCAAAAGCAUUGCGUGACAAGAUUGCCACACAAGUAUUCAAGAUUGAAGAAGAGGAUAAUGAAAAUGGUUUGUCUAUGGUUUGUCUAGUAGAUCCUGGAAGCUUCAGAAAAUUGGAUGAUCUCGUCAAACAGGAAUCAAAAGGUAAAGGUUUUAUUGAAAUUAUGAAUUUAGCUGUUGCUAAAGAAGGUGAACAAAAGAUCUAA